AUGCGGCUGGGGAUCGGGACAGGAUCGACCGCCGAAGCGUUCAUCGCGCACCUCGCCGAAGCGGUGGGCGACGGGCUCGACAUCACCGGUGUUCCGACCUCGGAGCGCACGGCGCGGCUGUGCGUUGAAAUGGGCAUCCGCCUCGAAUCGCUCGACGAUGUCGAUGAGCUGGACCUGACGGUCGACGGGGCCGAUGAGAUCGAUCCGAACCUCAAUCUGAUCAAGGGCGCCGGCGGGGCGCUUUUGCGCGAGAAGAUCGUCGCCCAUGCCUCCAAACGCAUGAUCGUCAUCGCCGAUGACAGCAAGGUCGUCGACAGGCUGGGACGCUUUCCGCUGCCGAUCGAGGUCAACGCAUUUGGCGUGGAGACCACGCGCCGCGCGGUCGAAGCGGUGGCGCGCGACCAUGGCGCAACCGGCGACAUCGCGAUCCGAACAGCGCGCAAGGGCGAGAGCAUCGUCACCGAUGGCGGCCAUUUGAUCGUCGACGCAUCUUUCGGCCACAUUUCCGACCCACAGGCGCUGGCAUGCGCGCUCAACGCCAUUCCGGGCGUCGUCGAAAACGGUUUGUUCCUGUCAAUGGCCUCGCUGGCGAUCGUCGCGGGGGAGACUGGUGUCCGGGAACUGACUGAGAUAUCCGACAGCCAUCUGCAGGCCGCUCGCGCGGCCAUCUCGGCAAUCGAUGCGACCGACCGGUAUGACGGCAUCCUGCCGGACGUGGCCGAGGCAUUGAAAGCACGGCUGCUGCAGAACAAUCCGGACCUUGAGAACGAGAUUUUGAUGUUCGUCGACGAAGAGGCGCUGGCGCUGGCGGCGCGGCGCGGCGAUCUGGAAGCGGAAGCUGCGGAAAUCUACGCCCGGGCGCUGCGCGAGGAAGAUUUGCGGGCGAUCGCCGAAUUCUACCGGACCGAGGCCGGCCAGGCGCUGAUCCGCAACGGACCGAUCGCGGCGCGCGAAGUGACCGAGGCGGCCGCCAUCUGGCAGCGCGGCAUCGAGCGCGACCUGCUCGAGCGGGUCAGCGGGCGCCUCGCCGAGGCGGGCCUGCGCCAGGCGCCGGCCGCAGCCGAGGGCAUGGCGGGGCACGAUUAUGACCUGUUCGUCAUCGGCGGCGGCUCGGGCGGCGUGCGUGCGGGCCGUCUGGCCGGCGCGAUGGGCAAGCGGGUCGGCCUCGCCGAGGAAUACCGGAUGGGCGGCACCUGCGUGAUCCGCGGCUGCGUGCCCAAGAAGCUGUUUGUCUAUGCCUCGCAGUUUUCCGAGCAUUUCGAGGAUGCUGCCGGCUAUGGCUGGCAUGUCGGCGACAUCCAUUUCGACUGGCCGACGCUGAUCGCCAACAAGGACCGCGAGAUCGAGCGGCUGGAAGGGCUCUAUCGCAAGGGCCUUGAGACCAAUGGCGUGACGAUCCACGACAGCAGGGCCCGGCUCAUCGACCGGCAUACGAUCGAACUCGAGGCCACCGGUCAGCAGGUCACGGCCGACCAGAUCCUGAUCGCCACCGGCGGCAGCCCGAACCUGCACACCGAUCUGCCGGGCCACGAGCUGUGCAUCACCUCCAACGGGGCGUUUCACCUCGAUAGCCUGCCCAAAUCGAUCAUCAUCGCGGGCGGCGGCUACAUUGCCGUCGAGUUUGCCAACAUCUUCCACGGGCUGGGCGUGGACACGACGCUCUUGUAUCGCGGCCAGAAGAUCCUUGGCGGCUUCGACGAGGAUUUGCGCGAUCAUCUGCAGGACACGAUGAUCGCCAAGGGCAUCCGCGUGAUCUGCCACCAGGUGUUCGACCGGAUCGAGCGGCGCGACGACGGCCGCCUCAACGCGUUCCUGUCGAAGGGCGAGCAGAUGGUCGUCGACCAGGUAAUGCUGGCGCUCGGGCGCCAUCCCAACACGCACGGUCUGGGGCUGGACGCGGCUGGCGUCGAAACGGACCGGCGCGGUUCGGUGGUGGUCGACGACUAUUCGCGGACGAAUGUGGACAAUAUCUGGGCCGUCGGCGACGUGACCAACCGGAUGCAGCUGACGCCGGUGGCGAUCCACGAGGCGAUGUGCAUGCUCGAGACCGCCUUCAAGGACAAUCCCACAAAACCCGACUAUGACACGGUGGCGACGGCGGUCUUCUCACAGCCGGAAAUCGGCACGGCGGGGCUCACCGAAGCCGAGGCGGCCGAGCGCCAUGGCGACCUCGAAGUCUACAAGACGACGUUUCGCCCGAUGCACAAUGUGCUGCCGGACCGCAAGGAAAAGAUGAUGAUGAAGCUCAUCGUCGAUGCGGCAAGCCGUAUCGUCGUGGGCGCCCAUGUGAUCGGUCCGGGCGCGGGCGAAAUGGCGCAAUUGCUGGCCAUCCCGCUCAAGGCGCGGUGUACGAAAGAUCAUUUCGAUGCGACGAUGGCGGUUCAUCCCACCGCCGCCGAAGAACUGGUCACGCUCUACAAACCGACCUAUCUGGUGCGGCAGGGAGAGCGCAUCGCGGCGCAUCUGACCGGUUUCGGCCGGCGUUGGCAGCAGCGCUCCGAUUCCGCCCGCCAUCCUGUUUCGUUUCUCAGCGCCUAUCAUGCGGACAUGGCGAUCGACGAAUUGAGCGGGCUGCUCAUCUUCGACCAUGUGCACAAUCUGCCGGCGGUCGAUGCGCGCGAGCAUGGCUAUGACCGCGUCCGGCUCGACCGUUCCCAGCUUCGGCUGGACCGGGAGGACGCCGGCCUGCCGGACGUUGCCUAUUAUGUGUAUGUGGCCCGGCCGCCGGACGAUGGCGGACCGCGCCAUCACAUUCUGCAAAGCUAUCUGGACGCGGUCCUGCAGGGCUAUCUGCAUCAGUAUGGCGAGCAUGGCGCCCGGCGGUUCGUCGAGAGCACGGCGGCGUUCGACACUCCGAUCGUGCGCGACCGGGCGUCGCCGCUCUAUCCGCGGGCGGUCAAGCUGGCGCCGGACGAGGUCGACCUUAUCGACACGGUGACCGCUGGCGUAACGAUCAUGGCAGACAAUUGGACACCGCAAAGCUGGCGCAACAAGCCGAUCCUGCAGGUCCCGUCCUAUCCCGACCAGGACAAGCUUGCGGCGGUCGAGGAGCGGCUGCGCAGCUAUCCGCCGCUGGUUUUCGCCGGUGAGGCGCGGGCGCUGAAGGCAUCGCUGGCCGACGUCGCCGAGGGCAGGGGCUUCCUGCUGCAGGGUGGCGAUUGCGCCGAGAGCUUCGCCGAGCAUGGCGCCGAUAACAUCCGCGACUUCUUCCGUGUCUUCCUGCAGAUGGCGAUCGUCCUGACGUUCGGUGCGUCCAAGCCGGUGGUCAAGGUCGGCCGCAUCGCCGGCCAGUUCGCCAAGCCGCGCUCGUCGGACAUCGAAAAGCGCGACGGGGUCGAACUGCCGUCCUAUCGCGGCGACAUCAUCAACGGGAUCGAGUUCGACGAAGGCUCGCGCAUUCCCGAUCCCGAGCGCCAGAUCAUGGCGUACCGACAGUCGGCGGCCACGCUGAACCUUCUGCGCGCGUUUGCGCAGGGCGGCUAUGCCCGGCUCGACAAUGUGCAUCAGUGGAUGCUCGGCUUCGUCGCCGACAGUCCGCAGGGCGAGCGCUACGAGCAGUUGGCCGACCGGAUUUCGGAGACGCUCGACUUCAUGGCGUCGAUCGGGAUGACGCCGGAGAAUUAUGCGCGGCUGCGCGAAACCGAAUUCUACACCAGCCACGAGGCAUUGCUUCUGGGCUAUGAAGAGGCGAUGACCCGCGUCGAUUCCACGUCCGGCGAGCAUUACACCACGUCGGGCCACAUGAUCUGGAUCGGCGACCGGACGCGGCAGGCCGACCAUGCCCAUGUGGAGUUUGCGCGCGGAAUCCAGAACCCGAUCGGCUUGAAAUGCGGCCCCUCGCUGCAGCCGGACGAUCUUCUCAACCUGAUCGAUGCGCUCAACCCGUCCAACGAAGCGGGCCGGCUGACGCUGAUCGCCCGCUUCGGCCAUGACAAGGUCGAGCAGCAUCUGCCGGCGCUCGUCCGGGCGGUGCAGCGCGAGGGCAAGAAGGUGGUCUGGUCGUGCGAUCCGAUGCACGGCAACACGAUCACGGCCAACGGCUACAAGACGCGGCCGUUCGACCGGGUGCUGAGCGAGGUCAACGCCUUCUUCGACGUGCAUCAGGCCGAAGGCAGCUAUCCGGGCGGCAUUCACGUCGAGAUGACCGGCAAGGACGUCACCGAGUGCAUGGGCGGCGCACGCGAAGUGACCGAGGAACAGCUUUCGGACCGCUAUCACACCCAUUGCGAUCCCCGGCUGAACGCCGAUCAGGCGCUCGAACUGGCGUUUCUGGUCGCCGAACGGCUCAAGAACGGCCGCAAGGGCGCCGAAAGCAAAAUCGCCGCCAACGCCUGA